AUGGAGGGCGCCGGCAGUGCGGCGCACAGGCGGUGGGACACGUCGUCGUCGUCGCAGUACAGCUUCAGGACGUCCGUGAGCAGCGCCGCGGAGAUCACCGGCGGCGAUGAGAUGGAGGCGAGGCCACCGGCACCGCCCGUGGACAACAGAGUUUUCGUGGCCGUCCCGGAGGACGUCAAGCACGGGAAGAGCACCCUGCUGUGGGCGCUGGAGAACCUGGCCAAGGACGGCUCCGGCUCCGGGGUCGUCAUCGCUCACGUCCACUGCCCCGCGCAGAUGAUCCCCAUGAUGGGAGGAAAAGUUCAUUACACUAUGGUGAAUGCAAAACAGGUCAAUGAUCAUAGGAAGAAGGUGCGAGCAGAGGCAGAAGAGAAACUAAAUGAAUACGUCAAGAUAUGCAUAAGGCAGAAGGUCAGCUGCGAGAAAGUAAUAAUCGACAACGAGGAUGUUGCUAAAGGGCUCGAGGAGCUAAUUGCUCUUCACGGCAUCACCAGGCUUGUCAUGGGAGCAGCUGCAGACAAACAUCACUCAAAGAAAAUGAAAUCACUGAAGUCCAAGACGGCACUCAGACUGACAGAGGCAGCAGCUUCAUCGUGUAAGAUAUGGUUUACUUGUAAAGGGCAUCUUAUAUGCACCAGGGAGGCAAAUACAACUGUUCCUGCAAUACCACCAUCACCUGCGUUCACGGUUGCAUCAGAGUCAUCAGUAACCAGCGUUGGUAGCUGUCUCAGAUCAAUGACAAUCCGUCAUUCAGAGAGUAAUGCAUCAAGCUCAAACGGAAGUCCAAGGAACGAUCUGAUACGAUCGAGAACAGAAGUGGGGCUGUAUCCAUCUCUAGAAUCUAUCAGUACACCGUCUCGGCUAUAUGAAUCCUGUGGCAGGCCUACAAUAACAUCAAGAAGUUCUAUAGAUUCUUGGGAUGAAUUUGGGAGGAGAUCGCAGAACUCAUGGCACGAUGUAUCAAGAAAUGUUGAUGCGGUCACUAUCUCUGGAUUAGCAAUGCCGCAUGGAAUGCAAGAACCUGAUGAUGAGAACUUUUCAUCCCCUUCUCAUGAGCUGGAAAAUCCAGGCGUUGAUGCUAAUGCAAACAUAUACAGAAGACUCACAGAGGCUCUCAGUGAAGCUGAACGGUAUAAGAAAGAAGCACAUGAAGAAUCAGCCAAACGCCUAAGAGCUGAACUAGAUAUGGCUUCAGCUCUUGGAAAUGUAUACGAGUUAUAUCAGCAAGAGAUAAGGCAGCGCAAAACAAUCGAGGAAACACUGGCGAGCCAAGAACAGGAGAUUGAAGAAAUGAAAAGACAGCAUGAUGUGACAUCCAACGAAUUACAUGCCGUCAAAGAGCAGAAACUCGUCCGUGAACAACAAAUAACAGAGAUGGCAUCUGCUAUCAAAGAUUACGAAGAGAAGAUGGUAGCAAACGAAUACCUCACCCAAAUGCUGCAAACAGAUAAUGAGAAGCUGCAACAAGAGCGCGACGCAGCUGUAACUGAAGCUGAAGGCUUGCGCCAGAAGAAUGACAGUAAGGUUUCAGCACCAUUGCCAGCUGAAACACUGAACACCGAGUUCUCCUACUUUGAGCUGGAACAAGCCACUGAAGGUUUUGAUGAGAGGCUUAAGAUUGGCGAGGGUGGAUUCGGAAGCGUCUACAAAGGCUUCCUCCGCAACACAACCAUAGCUGUAAAGCUGCUGAAUCCACAGAGUAUGCAAGGACAGUCAGAAUUCAACCAAGAGGUUGCUGUUCUCGGUAGAGUGCGGCAUCCAAACCUUGUCACGCUGAUUGGCGCGUGCCGGGAGGCAUUCGGCCUGGUGUACGAGUUCCUCCCCAACGGCAGCCUCGAGGACCGGCUGGCGUGCACCAACAACACGCCGCCACUGACAUGGCAGCCGCACCCGGUGGUCCACGGCGACCUGAAGCCGGGCAACAUCCUCCUGGACGCCAACUUCGUGAGCAAGCUAGGGGACUUCGGCAUCUGCCGGCUCCUGAGCCAGUCCAGCACCACCACCACCAGGGCCAUCACCACGAAGCUGCACAGGACGACCACCCCGAAGGGGACCUUCGCGUACAUGGACCCGGAGUUCCUGUCCACCGGCGAGCUCACCCCGCGGUCCGACGUGUACUCGUUCGGCAUCAUCAUCCUGCGGCUCCUGACUGGGCGGCCGCCCAAGAGCAUCGCGGAGGUGGUGGAGGACGCGGUGGAGCGGGGGGAGCUGCACACCGUCCUCGACCCGACCGCGGGGGACUGGCCGUUCGUGCAGGCCAACCAGCUGGCGCACAUCGGCCUGCGGUGCGCGGAGAUGAGCCGGCGGAGGCGGCCUGACCUCGCGGGGGAGGUGUGGAAGGUGGUGGAGCCCCUCAUGAAGACCGCCUCGCUCGACGCCGGGCGGCUGUCGUUCGCGCCGUCGUCGCUGGAUGACGCGCACGCGCCAUCCUACUUCGUCUGCCCAAUCUUCCAGGAGGUGAUGAGCGAUCCUCACAUCGCCGCUGACGGGUUCACGUACGAGGCCGAGGCGAUCACGGGGUGGUUCGACAGUGGGCGCGACACGUCGCCGAUGACGAAUCUGAAGCUCGAGCACUGUGAGCUGACGCCCAACAGGGCGCUCCGCUCGGCGAUUCUCGAGUGGCAGCAGCAGUUGCAGCAGCAGCAGUGGCAGCCACUGUGA